AGAGGAAAACACAUUGACAUCCCACUCCUCAUCCCCGAUUGGCCAGACCCACUUUUACCAAAUCCCAAAGCCACACCACCCCUCCCUUCUCUCUCUCCAGACAAACCCUAACAAUCUCCCUGCCUUUUCUCCGAUUCACCUACCGACGAUGAUCUGAUUCCAAAUCUCCCUAGAUCUGAUUCCCUCGAUUUAAUGUAAUUUGAAGUUGGCCGAAUAUAUUUGAUGGAUGAUGAUAGUGCAGAUGGAUAAAAUGUCUGCUCCUUCGUCAAGGGAGCUUGUGCAGCGUCUUUAUGAAAAGAACAUUGAGUUGGAAAAUAAGCGGCGAAAGUCAGCCCAGGCACGUGUUCCUUCAGAUCCCAAUGCCUGGCAACAGAUGCGUGAGAAUUAUGAAACAAUAAUUCUUGAGGACUAUGCUUUUUCUGAGCAGCACAAUAUCGAAUUUGCAUUAUGGCAGUUACAUUACAAACGGAUUGAGGAACUGAGAGCACAUUAUAGUGCUGCUAUAUCUGCCACUAGCUCAAACACAUCUCUGGGUGUGAAAGUACCUGCACGACCUGAUCGAGUUCCAAAGAUUAGACUGCAGUUCAAAACCUUUCUUGCGGAGGCAACUGGUUUUUAUCAUGAACUUAUAUUGAAGAUAAGAGCAAAGUAUGGGCUUCCUUUGGGGUAUUUUUCCGAGGAUUCUGAGAAUCGAAUUACCAUGGACAAAGAUGGGAAGAAACAUGCUGAGUUGAAGAAAGGUUUGGUAUCUUGUCAUCGCUGUCUGAUAUACUUGGGUGACCUUGCAAGGUACAAAGGAUUAUAUGGGGAGGGUGAUUCCAAAUCUCGCGAAUAUGCAGCAGCUUUGAGUUACUAUUUGCAAUCUGCAUCUCUGGUACCCUCAAGUGGGAACCCCCAUCAUCAGCUUGCUAUAUUGGCCUCUUAUUCAGGUGAUGAAUUGACUGUUGUCUAUCGUUAUUUUCGGAGUUUGGCUGUUGAUACACCCUGUACAACUGCAAGGGAUAACUUGAUUGUAUUAUUUGAGAAGAACCGUCAGAUUUACUCUCAGAUGUUCAGGGACGUUAAGUUGUCUACUGCCAAGGAACAUCGACGCAAAGGAAGAGGAAAAAGUGAAGCAAAACUUGCAUCUAAAGAUACUGAUGUGGAGCCCAUUUCUGUGAAGGAAAGUGUGCCUAGCAUACAGGAGAAGCUUAAAUCAUUUUGCACCCGCUUUGUGCGUGUAAAUGGCAUUCUUUUCACUCGUACAAGUCUUGAGACAUUUGCAGAUGUUCUUGCUUUUGUUAGUAGUGGAUUAUGUGAUCUUCUUUCAUCUGGACCAGAGGAGGAGCUGAGCUUUGGAUCAGAUGCAGCUGAGAAUGCUCUUUUUUUUGUUAGGCUUAUCUCCAUCCUUGUAUUCACAGUUCAUAAUUUGAAGAAGGAAAGUGAAAAUCAGACUUAUGCAGAAAUCGUACAGCGUGCCGCACUUCUUCAGAAUGCUUUCACUGCAGUGUAUGAGUUAAUGGGGCAUGUAAUGAAGAGAUGUACUCAGCUGAGGGAUCCAUCUUCAAGUAUUCUGUUACCUGGUGUUCUGGUCUUUGUUGAGUGGUUGGCUUGCUGUCCAGAGAUUGCUUUAGGCAGUGAUGAUGAUGAGAAGCAGGCAACUGUCCGAACACAUUUUUGGAAUCAGUGCAUAUCCUUCCUGAAUAAGAUGCUGUCACUUGGGCCAAUGUCCAUGGAUGAUGAUGAAGACAUGACUUGUUUUUUCAACAUGAGCAGGUAUGAUGAAGGGGAAACUGAAAACCGACUGGCAUUGUGGGAGGACUUUGAGUUGAGAGGAUUCUUACCUCUUCUUCCUGCACAGACUAUCUUGGAUUUUUCACGGAAACGCUCCUUUGGAGGUGAUGGCAAUAAGGAAAGGAAAGCUCGUAUGAAAAGGAUUCUAGCUGCUGGGAAGGCUUUGGCAACCGUAGUUACCAUUGACCAAAAGACAGUAUUUUUUGAUUCAAGGGCGAAGAAAUUUGUUAUUGGUGUUGAGCCUUUGGAUGAUGUAACGUUCAGCUCCUACACAAACAUGUCCAAAUCAAAUGAUAUAAUAGGAGAAAAUCAAACUGAGAAAAAGAUGAAUUUGGGUGUUGUGCAUGUGAACCCACAGCUUUACGUGGAUGGGGAGGAGGAUGAAGUGAUUGUUUUUAAGCCAGUAGUGACAGAGAAGAGAGCUGAUGUGAUUGGCUCAAACCAGAUGACCUUUGAUGGCUUGAAGCCUGGUCAUAGUGCAUCCGCUGGUGACCUGCAAUUGUACAGUGGUCCUGUUUCGGCUCCUAUAGCUAACCUUUGUCAGCCAGCUAUUACUCUUGAUAAUAGUUCACAAGAUCCUGUAUCUGUUGCUAGUAUCCUACCUCAGCAGUGCCAGCCAUUUCAAUUGCAUACUUCAAACCGUUUAAUGGAAGAAGAGGCUUCUCUUGAUAAUAGCUUUAAAGGUUUGAGGGUCACAGAAAAUGGGCAUGUCUUGAAACAUGAUUUGCAGGAAAAUAUGGGUGUUUCGCUUCCAGCGGUAGGGCUGGUUCCAAUUCAACAAUCUGUUAAUGCUAGUUCUAGUAGUUUGUUCUACAGUCAUUUGAAAGGGCCAGAAGCUAUGAUUCCACCCAAGAUUGAUGCAGUUGCAUCUUCUGGAGUGGCUUUUGACAGUUUGGCUGUAAAAGCUUCAUCAGCUUUGCCAGCAGGCCAGAGGAAAAAUCCAGUUAGCCGCCCAGUUCGGUAUCUUGGACCUCCACCUGGCUUCAGUCCUGUUCCAACCAAACAAGUGACUCUACCAACUCUAGGUUCAGACUUGACCAGUGAGAAUCCUCUAAUGGAUGAUUACAGCUGGUUGGAUGGAUAUCAGUUGCCAUCUUCAACAGGAGGCCUUAGUUCCAUCAAUUAUCCAUUGCAUGCAAACCCUCAGUAUAUUGGUAACAGUAAUGGUAUGACUGGGACAGUCAGCUUUCCUUUUCCUGGAAAACAAUCUCCAGCAAUGCAGUUCCAGGUUGAAAAGCAGAAGGGUUGGCAGGAUUUCCAGACUCUUGAGCAUCUAAAAUUACAGAAUGAUCAGCAGCUGCAGCAACAGCAGCAACAACUCGUUAAUGGAAACCAGCGGUUUGCUCUGCCUGAGCAAUAUCAUGGACAGUCUAUCUGGGCCAGUCGUUAUUUUGUGUGAUAUCAGUUGAAAUCAUAGCUGUUAUUGAGAAUGAUUCUGGUUGAAGUAGCUGCAUUCUUUUGCUACCAUGUUCAAACUCCAACUUUGAGGUCUUCUCAGUGUUGAAUUUUAUUUUGUUGGAGCAUUGGUGGCCUUGCCUUUUUGCGGGCACUUGCUACUACAGAAUUUCACUGAGCUCUUUUGGCUGGGGAAGAGAAAUAUUGAAACAUCUUCUGGUGAGAAGUUUGUAAGAAGUAAUGAAGGCCUUAGGGGGUUACGAGGGUGGAGAAUAGAAUGUGUCAAUAUGAUCAUUAUUGGUUUUGAAGCUUGUCUCAAGGAGUGGUUAAAAAUAAGAUGGGUCUAUUCACUAUGCUUCUUAACUUUUGUAAUGGUCACCAUGUUGGAGUUGCGACUACCAGCAACCAAUUAUAUAAUAAUGCAAUGCAUUUGACCAGUUAUAUGAAAGACUAUAGCAUCAGGGGUCAUGUACUUAUUAGGAAGGCUUGGCUCACAGGUAUGUUUGGUUGGGUAUCUGAACUUGGAUGGUUCGGUGGGGUUUGUGAUUGAAGAAGAGCAGAACAUAUAUCAUAUUUAAUAUGUUGAUAACAAAUGUUAUGUUACAUUUUUAUGCUAUCAUCUUGCUUGCGUAUUGUAAUUGAGGCAGAAGGCUGAGUAGCCGCUAUCACCUUCUUUAGCUUAAAUAAGCAUGUGAAUUGACACUAGCUGUGUUAAUGGUGAAACUAUGCUGAUGUCUAGAGUUUUCAUUUA